CUCAGUGUCAGUCUCAAGUCAGUCAGCUCGUUCCAUUUUGCCAGAUUUCCCGCCUUUUUUUUUUUUUGGCCCUUUGCACCAUGGCUGGUCGCUAUCGUCCUCCCGACGACCGUUAUGACGACAGUGACGAUGAUAAUAGCAACAGCAGCAGCAGUAUUGGUGGUGGUGGUGCUGAUGAUGGUCAUCGUCGGGAUGCUCGUUCCCGCGCUGGACUCGCUGCGAUCGCGCGCGCCAAUCUCGCUUCAGCCAAGUCGCAGUCAAACCCCAAGCAAGCUGCUGCAUCUGCUGCUGUUGCCGCCUCUCGAUUAACAUUGGCCAAGUCCAAGCAAUGGACCGUUCAAGACGACGACGACGACGACGACGAUGCUGCUCAAAGCCAAAGCGAGACUGCUGCUGCUGCUGCUACUGCUGCCACUGGUCGCCGCAGCACAAGCAUACCAAGUGGAGCAAGCCAAACAAGCCUCAACGAGGACCCUGGCUUGUCCUCGCCGGCGGCGUCGUCGUCGUCGCUGUCGUCGUCGUUCAGCUCGAGUCGGAGCAGCGGCGCAAGUGCAAGCAAGCGAAGCCUUCGUCUUGCGCGGGACAAUCCGCCAGCCCAAGAAGCAGACACAAGCAUCUUAAUGACGAACACCAUGACGGAAAUGCAAGGAUAUCACAGCGAAGGAGACCGAGGCACUGCCGAUGUUGCCAAUUCGCCGCGCUCGACUCCCGCCAAUUCAUUCUCCUUGCGUUUGGACGACGAUUUGCGCCAAAACGCUGCGCACUCGGGCCUCCUCACUGAAAACCCCGUGUCAGUGGAUCGAUUUGGUGCUAAUGACAAUGCCGACGAGUUGCGGGUUCCUGGGAAUCGUCCACUCCCGCGCCAGUUCAGAGUUCAACCAGACAGCGAGGAGGCCGAUGAUGAUGAGCUGCCAACGGUACUGUUUGUCAAGCAGGCUCAACAACCCGCUGCCACAAGCACACCACCACGACCAGAGUCCCUUGUAUCUCGGCGCACCGCCGUCUAUUCAGCCAACACCCAAUCUUCCGAAAGCGACAAGCCGUCUCGCGUGUCUGGUCCUCUUGACGCGUAUUUUGCCAAGUCGAGCUCUCGCCCGUCAUUCAAUCCUCCAUCCCCACCGGCAGCUGCAUCAAUGGCCGGUGGGGCUGCUCACGCUCCCGAAGACUUGGGCGUGCCCUGCGAGUUUCCUGAUCUUCCUCAGCUUCGUCGGCCAAUUCCGCCUUCAAUCCCCGUGUGGAGGGUCCCUUCCCAGUCUCAGUUGAUUUCAAGUCUGUGGUCUGCACUGUGGCACCAUAUUCGAGUCUCGGCGCUGAACGAACAGCUGGGUGCAUCGAGUGUGGUGGACUUUACUGCAGCCUUGUCGCCACUCCGAAGCUCUGCAAAGCCCUCGCCUGUCAAACCAAGCUCGUCUGUGGUGUUUCAUCCGUCCUUUGACCAACGAACGACGAAUCUUACCUCGCUUCAUGAUGGUACGAAUGGUGCAAACACAACGUCCAGCGGAACUUCGGAAACUCUUACACUCGCUGCCGCAACACCGAGCCCGGCAAAGUUGCCCUCGCCGUCACCCCCUCGUUCAAAACGGCCGCUCGAGACUGGCUCUACUUCUCCAGAUUCAGACAGCGACGCUGGUCAGGAUGAGGCAACGCGCGUCACGCAACUUUCCAUUCCUGCUGUGAGCCGACCGGCCAAGCGUGCCCGAGCCAUCGUCUCCGAUGACGAGGACUACCCUGUGUAUCGGCCAGCGAAUCAGAUAUUGGACAAGACCUGCUCGGCUUGCCAAGUUUGCGUACCUCUGGCAGAGUAUGAUGCACACGAGGCUGCCUGCACCCGAGCCAUUGAGGCAUCCCGGAGCACACAUCGCUCGCCAGCCGACUCUGCCGAGUGUCCGUUCUGCAAUCGCAGAAUUGCACUCGCUCGUCUCGACAAGCACACGGAAAAGUGUCAGGCUGUUCCAUUCCAGGACGACGACGACACUGAAGCUCCUGCUCAGUCCUCCGUCAGUCCACCAUUGGUCAUGUCGCCAGAAGUGAGCGAGAUUGCCUGUCCGAUUUGCAGCCAUUCGUUUCCUGCAAAUCUCAUCGAGGCUCAUGCGAGUGCCUGUGUCGGAGACGCGGAUGUUGAUGCAUCUCUCAUUGCUGAUUCGUAUUCAUCGGCACCAGCUCCGAGACUCGACGCUGAAGAUGCCAGCAGCUCCGCCGCGAGGCAUUCUCGUUCCCGAGAAAGCCACGCUUCAGAGGCAUCUUCUGGAUUCCAACACCACCCCUUGUCCAAACGCGCUGCACCUUUACAUUCCUCAGCCAAGCCAGUUGUUAUGGAAAUUUUGUCCGAUAACGAUGACAACGAGAGCGACAACCAACGAAAGUUCUCAUCUGCGCGCGGCGGCAUGAGGGACUCGACCGAUUCCGCUCACACGUCAAAACAACCAAGAAGUGCCUCGAACACGUUUGCGCGUGAUGAUUUUGGCAAGCGAUCGUCCAGCCGCGGCAGCAACCGUUUUGCGAAUGACAUUCACGCAGACGAGGAAGACCAGCCCGGCAGCGCAGCAGACAUGUUUGCGGGUGACAGCAUGAUGGCGGGUGCUGCGGAUGAUGUCGACGACCUUGAGGAAUUCGACGAUGACGACGAGGAGGAGGAUGAGGAUGAGGAUGAGGACGACGAUGUUGAUCUGAAUGAUGACGACUCGGACGAAGGUGGUCGCAGCAGUCCUUUGGCCAACUUCCAGCCACUCGGCUCGGCCUCAUCCGGAUUUGAUUAUCGCGCACAAUUCCUUCCCAAAGCCGCUCGUGGCACGAAAACCAAACGCUCUCGUGCAUCCAUCGACAGCGCUGCAGGAUCAUCUGAAUCGUCCAGCGCAUCCAGGCGUUCGUUCUCAGGGCGCAGGGGCAGACGUGGACGCGGGUCUCGUCGUGCCAAAGGAUCUGGUGGGAACCAGACACGCAAGUCGAGCGCUGGCAAGUCGAGCGCUGGCAAGUCCAGCUCUGGCAAGUCCAGCUCUGGCAAGUCGCAGUCGACCACUGCUAGAUCAAUUUCCGUCAUUACUGCGGCCCCUAUGCCUCAUUCCACCAUGCACCCUUUUGCAUCAACCAUUCCUAGCGUGUCGAAUCCACCCAAGAAGCGCACAGCGCCCAAAGAUUUCAUAACGACCGGCACCAACUAUUACGCAGGCGAUGCAAUGCCAAUGUCGGAUUUCUCUGAAUCGGGAAGUCGUUUCAUGCAACAGCAGCCGCCGCUGUACAUCCAGCUGUACCAGGCUGCGGUGGCCGGGUCACCAGAAUCCUAUCAUGCAUCGGCACCGUCCAGCCGCGUCGCCACGUCGAGCGCUCUCGUCUCAAGCGAUGCUGUUCACUGCAUCUUGUCACGCUCAGGACUGCCGCGGACUGUGCUCGCCGAUGUCUGGAACGUCGUGGACGAAGCCCAAAAUGGAUGCCUGGCACGCGAUGGAUUGUUCGCAGCACUCGCUCUCGUUGCAUUGGUCCAGCGAGGCUAUCCUGUUAGCGAAGCAGAGCUCGCCAAACUAAGAGAGCUCCCGAUUCCGCAGCUCCGAGAUGUCAACGACUUGUUCCUCGAGUUGCAGUCUCUGCGACGCCAGGCAGAAUGGAACACCAGCGGCAUCACGAGCUUUUCCAUCUUGCCAGAAUGGAUUGCCGAGACUGCUCUUGACGAAGUGUUUCCAUUCGAUUCUUCGCCGUCUGCAAGCGGGCCGGGUGCGGCUGGGUCCAACCCCAGCGACGCCGUUUCGGAUGCCGGUCAAGGGGGCAGCACUCCAAAACGCCCUCCACGCAGCAAGUCGACGAGCGGCGGAAUGGCGGCUUCAUCUUCACCGACUGCCUCGAAAGAAUCGCUUCCCUCCGCGGCAGCAACCUCCAUUCCAUCUCCUACAACAAGCAUAUCGACGACGCCCGGAGAUCAAACGCAGCGCAUUCAUCGGGCGCGCGAGGUGGCCCGUCGAUACAACAGCAGCUUUAGCCACAUUCUGCAGUGGGAAUCGAUCGAGCUCGCAUUAGUUCGCGAGAAAUCCGGUCUGAUCUUCAAACAUAACACGUACACGGUCAUUUCCAAGUCCCGUGGCCUGAAAGUCAUUCGGCGAUACACUGAUUUCGAGGCUCUCGACGAUUACUUGGUUCGGAGGUAUCCUUUCCGCAUACUGCCGCAGCUCCCGAAGAAGGGCAAGAUAGGAGAGCACGACGAUCGAUUUUUGGAAUCCCGUCAAAUUUCCCUCAGACGGCUGCUGAACUUUGUGGGCCGGCAUCCCGUGCUAAAAGAUGACGAUGCUUUGCAGUUUUUCCUUUCCGACACCUCUCCUGAUUUUUUGGCAAAGUUCAAGCUCUUUUUCAAGGAUGUCAAAGAAGAACCGGCAAUUAUUCUUCCAGAGGGACCCAGUCUGACGCCCGAGCAGAUUGUUGAUCUUGGAGAGAAGACACGAAGACUGUAUGAUGGGUUUGAGUUGCUUGUGCAAGUCUGCGACAGAAUGAUUUUGCGGUCGCGAGAAUUGGAGGCAGAUAUGCACCGACUUGCAGCCGAGUUCGGUGAAUCACCUCUCACCCAUACUUGGGAUCCUGCAUGUGCGCAUUGCGAGCUGCUUGCGAAAUCAUUCGUGCAGCUUGGCCAAUCCUUCGGACGCGUCGCCCAAACAGCUGCUUCUAAAGCCGACAUCGAAGAGGAAUCCGUGUCUGAUCACCUGAACUACAUGCUCGACGUCAUUUCCAGCUUUAAGGAUCUGUAUCAUCGAGUUACAGACAGGGCCGGGAAAGGCAGUCAAGAUCAACAUCUUGUGCGCGCGUCUUCCUUUUUGAAGAACAGUAUGCGCACGCUCAAGGGUGCCGUCUCCAAGAAGGACGAUGGGCUGGAGACUCUCGCUCCCACUGCUUCGAAUCCACACACGUCCUUGGCCGCAAGUGGUGACAUUGAUGCCGGAGUUAGCAUUUUCGGAAAAGACCCUCGAUCAGUGUUUGCGCGGCAGUGUGUCGCGCUGGAGGCACGGCUAUUGCAUAUCUAUCUCGCACAUGUGCCUCAAGCAAUUCAGUUACUAGCAUCGUCCCAGGUGGUUGGAAAUCAAGAGCUGAGCGCGUCUUGGACCACCAUUCGCACAAUCGCUGACGGUCUUCUUGAUUCAUAA